GUGUUUGCGUCCAAUCACAUGCACAUGACCAGUGGACAUUCCUGAUGAUGAUCAUUAUUAGUCACGUGCUGUCACGCUCAUUGCCCGUCUGUUGGUGGCAUCGAGUAGACUGCAGAAAUAUAUUUUAAUUCAAAAGUAUGUAGCCUACAGAUAAAACAGAUAGAGAUAAACUAAAGCAAUUACAUGAUAGACAGGCUUGCAGAUAAGCACUUUCUUACAGUAAGCCUACAGAUAAGUGGAAUUCUUAAGGCUGAACCCAGUAUUUGUUGCGACCAUGGAGAAGCAAGGCACGUUGCUGCGAAUAAAUCUAGAGAGGCCUCUCUACGAACACGAAGUGUUGAAUCAAAGUUACGAUUACGAGAGACCAAAAUCAUCUUUGAUGCGAAGUGCAGUAGAUGAUGUCAGGUCAAAAAAUUGGCGUUCCUGCGUAGCAUCAACGGUACCGCCGAUCAAAUGGCUCAGCAAGUACAAUUGGAGGGAAAAUAUUGUGCCUGAUAUCAUUGCUGGUUUAACUGUGGCAAUCAUGCACAUACCGCAAGGUAUGGCCUACGCGCUUCUGGGAGACCUGCCACCAGUGGUCGGCAUAUACAUGGCCUUCUUCCCAGUCUUUGUAUAUUUUCUGUUUGGCACGUCUAAGCACGUCUCUAUAGGAACUUUCGCUGUGGUAUGCUUAAUGACUGGCAAAGUAGUAACGUCUUACUCGAAUUCACAUAUGGAAGAGAUAUCUACAAAUGCUUCACAGGCCGAUUUUCAGAGUUUCGAGAACGUCGCGUAUACAUAUACGCCUAUACAAGUAGCAGUAGCCGUAACAUUGAUGGUCGGAAUAUUUCAGAUAAUAAUGUAUACAUUCCGAUUAGGCAUUGUGGCAACAUUGCUGAGUGAGACCUUAGUGAACAGCUUCACAACAGCAGCUGCUGUUUAUGUUUUAAUAUCUCAAAUCAAGGACCUCCUUGGUUUAAAACUGCCAAAGCAAAAAGGAUAUUUUAAGUUAGUUUUCACUGUCGUAGACGUAUUUAAAGAGAUAGGAAAUACCAAUGUACCUGCUGCGAUAGUAUCGAUUAUAACAAUUAUUAUCCUCGUUAUUAAUAACGAGUUUCUAAAGCCAAGAAUAAACAAAAAGUGCAGCAUACCAGUCCCCAUUGAGCUUAUUGCAGUUGUUGGUGGGACAUUAGUCUCUCGAUAUUGUGAUUUACCAAAGACUUAUAAUAUUGAAACCGUUGGGCACAUUCCUACGGGGCUUCCUAAACCAGAAGUGCCGAGUCUUGAAUUAUUGCCCUUAGUAGCAGUGGACAGCAUCGCAAUAACUAUGGUUUCGUACACCAUCACCAUAUCAAUGGCGUUAAUAUUCGCACAAAAGCUAAACUAUGAAAUAGACUCGAAUCAAGAACUUCUUGCGAUGGGUUUCGGUAACAUAGUGGGUUCUUUCUUUUCAUGCAUGCCGAUCUCAGCGUCUUUGAGCAGAUCCCUUAUUCAGCAAACCGUCGGAGGACGCACGCAAAUCGCGAGCAUUGUGUCUUGCUUGUUGCUACUCGUUAUACUCUUGUGGAUCGGGCCGUUUUUCGAGCUCCUACCGAGAUGCGUGUUGGCCUCCAUAAUAGUUGUAGCGCUAAAGGGAAUGUUCCAACAAGCCGGCCGGUUGGUGAAAUUUUGGAAACUGAGCAAAGCUGACGCCGUAAUUUGGGUCGUGACGUUCCUCAUAGUGACGUUAAUUAAUAUCGAUAUCGGAUUACUCGCGGGAUUGCUCGUAUCGUUGGCCAUCAUCCUGCUACAGACCAUUCGACCUUACACGUGUCUGUUGGGUCACAUACCGGAUACGGAUCUGUACUUGGACUUGAGCAGAUACAAAGCGGCGACAGAAAUUAGGGGAAUAAAAAUAUUCCAUUAUUGCGGAACCUUGAAUUUUGCCAAUAACGGUCACUUCAAGUCCAUCGUGUACAGACUGGUGGGCGUAUGCCCGCGAAAGGUCGUCAAGCACAGGAAGAAUUUAACUGAGGAAGGCCGCUUCUUGAACGAUAAAAAUUCUGAUGGUAGAUACGAGUUACGCUGCAUCAUCAUGGACAUGAGCGCGUUGAGUUACAUCGAUCCCAGUAGCGUUCACGUGUUGCACUUGGUCGUAGAGGAAUUCGCGGAGCUGCACAUCGAGUUCUACUUUGUCAAUUGUCCCAGUCCUAUCUUCGAAACAAUAAUGAAAUGCGACGCUUACGUGUACGGUGCGCUGUCGCUGAAGAUCUUCGCGACCAUACAAGACGCGGUCACUUAUUUUCAGACUGAGAUUCAGACCUUGAAAUAAUAUAAUAGAGAAAAUACGUUUUUUUGUUAACGUCACAUUGAUAUAGCCAUAUUUUUUUAUAACUAUACUAAUCUGCAAUGGUGGAAUAUACAGUAGCGUUUUGCGCUAUUAUUAUACCUGCAUUGUCAACUGCAUUUUUGUGACGUACUUGCAUAUCUUCUAUAACGUGGCACGAGCAUAAUAUAUUUUUUACUUACAAGGGAAUAUCGCGAAACCGACAACGAAAUCGAAAUUUUUGCGAUGUUCCCUUAUUAGUGCCAAUUUUUCACAAUGUGCAAUGCUAUGCAGUACAGUAUUGUAUGACAUAUGCCGAUCUUUAUCGAGAUUGCAUUAAAAAAUCAGAGUGAUAUAAAUGUACUUCACGAUGGAUGUUUUAUGUCCAACGUUGUACUUACAACAAUACUUACCUUGUAAAUCGUUUUAUGAAUUUUAAAGUAUAUUUUUAAGCGUUGAUAUCUUGCAUUACGUUGGAUUGUUGUAUUGUAACUGUUGUUAUAUAUUGAAAGACAAAGAAAAAUAAUGAAUGAUAUAACGAGCAA